CUCUCAUGUCUACAUUAAAUGACGUUUUAGUUCGUUUCAUUUGCAAAAGUCAAAUUUAAUAUUUGUAUUUUUGCCCGUGAUGUUAUAGUUUCUAACAGCAAAUAAAAUAAGAUAAUAAGUAAUACUAAACAAAAUGCCUUCGUUUCCAUCCGUUCCUUCAGAAAUAAAAGGAAUUGCUCAUUAUAUGAAAGUUGCUGAGGAACAUGACGAGCGAGAUCCUGUCGUUAGUUACUGGGCACGAAUGUAUGCUUGUCAAACAGCAAUGAAAAUAAUGGAAGGAAAAACGAAGCCUCCUGAAGUAACAAAACUUUUGAUUGCAAUUAUGGAUUGGUUAGAAUCCCUUAAAAAAGGGAAUCCAAAUUUAGAGGGAGUUCAUAGUGAUGUUUGUGCCCAAGCUUNGCACUGA